CUGAGGCGGCGGCGGGGCCGCAGCCCGCGCCGGGCCCCGCGGCGGGGCCGCAGCCGGGCCCCGAGGAGAUCGACAUGUCCCUGGAUGACAUCAUAAAGCGCCACAGGAAAGAGCAGACAGAUGCCAGCGCCGUGGGCGACAGCAGAAGGCAGCAGGUCAAGAACAGGAGUUCAGCCUCCGGCUAUGGGCGGCCCCGAUACCGAGCCUGGAAGCAGAGGAAUUUGCAAGGACCUCACCGUUUCAGAAGAGGCUUUGGACAGCAGCAGUUCAGUCGGAGACAAUUCAGGAAUGCCCUGCCUGGUCACAAGAGGAGAGCAGCUGCUGCAUUCGAUGGAGUGAGCCCUUUAAAUCGCCCGGUGUCGGCUCAGGAGGGCACCAAGAGCAAUGCUUUUGACAAAAGCAGCAGUGGGCAGCAGGAGGAACAGCCACAGCCAUCUCCGGGCCCCAAGAGAUUCAGAGCAGAUGCUGCCAGCAUCCAUUCCCCAGGGAGAAGCAGGCCUUUCCUGCUGAACAGGGGACCAGCGUUCCAGCAGAAGCGGGUGCAGCAGUGGUUCUUCAAAGCCCGCUUCCAGAGAGGGCAGAUGGAUUCUCAAGGAGAAGGGAAACCGCCAAGGAUGAGAAGGUGGCAAGUGAAACCCAGCCCGGGAGCAAUUCUGACGGUUUCUGUGGUUAAUCCCCAGGCGGGCCAGCCCAGUCUGCCUGGAUCCAAGCACCCAUUCCUGCGAAGCCAGAGACCCCCAGCCCGGGUGGCCAAGCCCCAGCCCAAGGGGGUGCUGCUGAGGUUCAACUUCCGCGCCAUGGCCAACCAGGUAGAGGAUUGUCGACAGGACAGGAGGCACCUGGCUCCCUGCAGCAGCCCUGCCACUGAGCUGUUAACGUCACACUCAGACCAGCCUGACGCUGGAUGAGAGGUUCUCUGGUCUGAGGAAUAAGAGGCGCUUUACAGCGGCCAGGAGCGCCGGACGGACGGUCACCAUGCCUUAGGACCGCGUGCUCGUCACAGGGACUGCCUGUGACAGUCCAGGCUCCAUGACAAGGCCUCAAUAAAAGUUGCUAGAUUCCCUUUGAGAUAGCUGAUUUGGCAAUGUGCUGUCUCCUUCCUUACACACAGAGUGCAUGAGUGAUUGAGGGCAGGGAUUAGGCAGGAUGAGAGUUUACCAGAGCACAAGGCAGGUGGGACAGGGGCAGGGUGGUGGAGGGGGAUGAGCAGAAAUGGAUUUGCUGGGAGAGCUCUGCUGGGAAGCUGUAGGGCUGGCACCAGCCCUGUCCCCCUGCCAGGGCACCCUGUGCUGAGCAGGGUGAUGGCUGACAGCGGGAGGGUAUCCCACGGAGACUUCUCUACAUUGUCUGUGGGUGGGAGGGUUUGAGGAUGAUGUGCCUGCCCACACGUGAGACAGAGGAAAGUGGGGAUGGUACAGCUGCCCACAAUCACCAACAUCCACCCAGCUGCCCAACUUGUGCCUGCAGGCAUCCCUGCCCAGAGGUUUGCAGUGUAAGACCCCUCCACCUUGAAAAUCUGUUGCUUUGCCCUGGCAGUCAGGCCUGAGCACCUUGCAUUUCUCUGUGGAUUGCUGUGCUGUUCUGACUGCUGCUGCAGGGAUGGGGUGAGAUGGGCCAUGCCAUGCUGCUGGAGUAACUGUCCCCAGCACGGAGCAAGACAGGCUGCCCCAGCCCAGAUCACAUUUUCCAGUGCUGAGUAGUUCUGCAUUAGGGUUUUUGUAGUUGCAGCUCCACCCAUGCUCAAAGCAGCAGCAUAAUCAAACCAGCAGCAGCACUCUGAUAAACAUUGGGUGAGAUGUUAAUGAGCUGGGUUUAGACAUUUGUUAAUGAAGCCCUGCAUCAACCCUGAGUAACUGCUCCAUUCUCCAACCACUGCUGGAACCCAGCACUGAACAUGCUGGACACAGCCUGUUACUGGGCUCUAAGCUGUACUUAUAACAGGAAAUAUUCGAUAGACUGCUUUACUUUUUACACUGAGCAUCUUUAACAAGAGACUGGACUUGGCAUUGGUUUUAUAGGAAUGUGUGAAAUGUUAGUUGACGAAGCAGUGAUGUAUGAGUCCAGUGCACUGAAUAAAAAACUUAACUUGUCAAAUGUCA